AUGCGCUGCUGUAAGUGAACCACGUCACCGCCGUUGGAGGUUUGGCAGUCGUGAAACACAUCGCCAGCGUCACUAUCGUAAAGUAGUAGAGGCAGACAACGCGAAAAACAGUUCUACUACUUCCACUACUACUAUUUUAGACACUUAGAGACACAGAACAGGAACUAUAUUGGUUUGGGCAUGGCCAUUUGACGAUCGCAAAUCACGACUGCUACGACGAUAACAGCAUUUGUUCUGAAACAGAAAUCACACGCACACACAUAAACAGACAUAUACAUAUAUACAUCUCUGUAAUCUUUAUAAACAAGUAACACUGUCCUUAAGGGACCGUCUUUAUCAUCGUUGUCUCUCACUAGAAAUCAACCUUUCUCUCUCACACACAUACAUACAAAGCAGACAUUUGGAUAUUUACCACGGCAUGCUUUACCAUAAUCCGGUUACUACUUUAUCUACCAUUCUUCUAUCCUAGCCUUCAUGGGGACCAAGACGCAGAUUGUCAAGUUCUGCUUCCUUCUAAUAUUAUGCCUGACUUGCACAUUUUGGCAUUCUCUAACCAAUGCUAGUGAACCACUUACUGCUCGAACAAGACAAAUAGAAGCUAAAUCAGAUAGUAGCACCGGCACAGACAAAAAGCUACCAGAACAUCAUACUGGCCAUGCAGCAGCAGCAACAUCAGAAAAUACAAAGAAACAAAAUGAGGUUUCUCAAAAUGAACCUAAGGAUUCAGAAAAUAAACACAGUGAAACACCAGAGAAAGAAAUUGAAAAGAAAACUGAGCCAGAAAGUGACCAAUCUAAGGAGAAUCUUGAACAUAGCAAAUCUGAACAUUCCGAAAAAAUUCCUCCUGUAGUUGUUGAGGUAAUACCGUCCAAAGUUUCAACUGAACAAGCCUCUUCUGAAUCAACUAUGACAGUGAGCAGUCCAGAGUCUACAGCAGACAGCACAAAACAAACAGAAGAAACAGAAGCAAGGUAUGAGGAACUUCACCCUAAUACAAAAGAAAUUCCUGUAGAGACUGCUGAAAAAGAUCCAUCUUUUGCUGAUACUUCAGUAAAAUCUGAUACAACUCAGACUGAUAAAAUUGAGAACAAGGAUAGUUUGGAAAAGGGAGCAAAUGAAGAAACAGCUGAAGAGUUUCCAUCUUAUUCAGAAUGGACCAAAAAAGUUCUUGCAGAAGAAAAAAAUAAGCAGGACGAUCAGGGACAGACCAGCAGUAAUUUGCCUCAGAAGCAGAAGAUGCGUAACAACUAUGCAUCUGCCGACUGUGGGGCUAAAGUAGUGCUUGCCAAUCCUGAAGCUGAAAAUAUUAAGUAUAUCCUGAAUAGUAACCCUGAUGAGUACAUGAUCAAUCCCUGUCAGUCUAAGAAAUGGUUCAUUGUUGAGUUAUGUGAAUCCAUACAAAUAAAGAAUAUUGAAACAGCCAGUCUAGAAUUGUUUUCAUCCCGUCCAAAGACCUUCCGAAUCUCAGUUAGUGAUAGAUACCCCAUUAAAGAGUGGCAGCUAUUAGGUACAUUUGAAUCAACUGAAGAACGAACAAUUCAUAAGUAUCAAAUAACGGAGGAAAAUUAUUCCAAAUUUGUCAAGGUAGACAUACUUGAUCACUAUGGCGAGGAGCAUUUUUGUCCUCUCACUCUUUUCCGGGUUUUUGGUUUCACUAUUGAAGAAGAUAUGGAAAGUGAUGUUAACCAGCAUGACGAUCUCGAUGAUGAUGUACAAGAUGAACCUCCAGUAAAUUUAUUUGCUAGUGCCAAAGACACAGUUUUAAGGUUGGUGAAGCAUGUACUGACAACCGGCAAUGAACAGGCUACUAAAGAGAAUGCAGACGGCAGUCACACUGGUCAUCCUGAAGAAAAUAAAUCCAACGCAACAUCUCAGAAGAUCAAGACUCCUAAUGUCACUAUUCCAUGUCAAGAAAAUUGUUUAAACGGUACCCAAAAGAACGCCACCAACACCACCUCCACCAAUAGCACACAGCUGCCGUGUGUACCACAAGUAAGGGUUAACGCUAGUACAACAACCAAAGCAAUUGAGCCUUCUGCAGCAAGUGAACAGAUACAGCCUUCGAUGCCUGAAGGUUCUGUCAGUCAAGUACCAGAAAGCCCUGUCCAGUCUCCCAGUGAAAAGCUAGUCACUAUAUUAAAUGAUGAUGAACAGGUUCCAAUAUCUGACACAGCUUCAAAUGAACCAAUGGUACAGCUUAUUGAAAGUGAAGAACAACAUCAUCCUGCUGUUUUAAGCAGUUACAUCACUUGCUGUCUUAUAUGCCCUUUGAAGAAAACUAGUACUAAGUAUUCUAGCUCUCGGUCUUUAAAAUGUCAGUUUUUGAAGAGAGUAUCUGCCAUUGCUACAUCAUCCAAAAAAGAUUCCAUUUCGUGGAAAGUUCCUCUCAUAAGUAAAAUUGUCGAGGAGCCGUCUGCAGCUCAUACGUCUGACACUGAUUUAUUCACUAAAAGUAUUUUGCAUUCAGCAGAUAGUAAAUCUGACCAAAACAUUGUUACACUAGAAACUGAAACAAGUUCGUCACAUUCAACCAAAACUGCAAAUUUAACAGUUUCAGAACCAACAGCAAGUCUCUAUCCUAGCUCUGAAGUGCACACGGCUUUAGAAAGUGAAAAAACUAUACUGACAGAUCAGAAAUCUUCAGAGAGUUCUGUUGUAGCACAAGUAAUUUCAAAGGCUGAACAUUCUGAGUUUGAAUCUGUCUCGAGUUUACCAAAGGAGGAGGUGAAUGAAACCAGUUCUUUUGUCAGUGAUAUACCUUCUACGGAGCAGAAGACGGCUUCAUCCAAAAUGGCAUCUUCCGGUGGAGAACCUGUUGAUUUCCGGACUCCAGCCACUACACUUUAUAUCGAACCAAGUUCCACAUCUGUAAAACAAGUUGAGCUAAAUGGGGUCACAUCCGAGCAUUACGAUUCCCAUUUGUCCCCUUCCGAUCUUUUAUUUGCAAAAUCAGAAUCUACUGCCACCUUAUUAGAUAAACAAGACGUAACUCUGGGUAUCAAGUCUGACGACAAAGCUAAGCUGAAGGAAACUGAGAGUAACAUCAUCACCACUGCAAGCCUUCCUAAAAGUGGGGAGGAAAUGGAGCCAACUGGGGCAAAUAUUGUACCCACAAGAGUCUCUGAAUCUCCUUCCAAAGCUGUAGUCCCAGAGUCUUCAUCCAUAUCUAUUUCAUCAAUGACAGCCGAAGACAAAGUGGUGAAGGCUGUGAAUAUUACUGACCCUAAGGUAGAUAGUAAAGGUCGACCUUUAUACACAUUAGUUCGUGUUGGUCUGCCACCAGCUGGUAAAAGAGAAUCCGCUAUAAUGAGGCUGAAUAACCGCAUCAAAGCACUGGAACUUAAUGUCUCUCUCAGCAGUAGAUUUCUGGAUGAGUUGAGUCAACGAUAUCGCAAACAGUCAGAAGAAAUGAUGCAUUUUCUAAACAAAACAGUGGCACGUCUUGGAAAUGUAACAAAAAAGACUCAGGAAACGGUUCAGAAACAUGAAAUACAUCUCACAAUCUUAGAAUCUAGACUAGACAACUUGACACUGGCAGUUUCUCAGCUCACUGAAAACAUGGAUAAUUUAACAAGACAGCUAACAGAUCGCCAAGUGUUGUGGGCAUCAAUUGAAGUAUUUAUCCUUGCCUUAAUAUUUGUCGUCUGCCUUAGAAAAAGACAGCCCUCUUUACCACCUAAUCUGGUGGCAAAGGUUUUAGAUGAUCUCCUUCAGACCCAACAUUUUUCUCCCAAUCGAAGACGUAAUUCAGAAUCCAAUAUUAAACAGUCUUCCGUAAGCCAUUGUGAAGUGGUUCGACAAAAAAGUGCAGAUGACCUCAUUCAUUCAAAAGCUGUGCAUAUUGUAGAACCUACUACACCUUUCUUGCUUGGUCAGACGAAAGAAGGCAACAAAAAGCGGAAGAAAAAGAAAAACCGAUCAGUUGAUUUAAAAAUGAGUAGUAGUAAGGAAGGUCUUCCUAAAGAGAAGAGUGUUUCAACGACUCAACUGAAUAGCGCUGGACUGUUAUUCAUGGGGAAACCAGUAGAAAGCAGCAGUUCUCCUGCCAGAAAAGUUAUACAUUACAAACAAAUUAGGGAACGUGUGGAAGGGGAAUCAGGGACUUCGGUUGGCAGUGUGUGUAGUAGUAAUAGUAGUAGUAAUAAUAAUACUGGUGCGUAUAGUAUUGCAAGAGGAAAAGAGUGCAGUCAUGAUGCAAAUAUUCGCAUUUCAUGCAGUAAGAGUGAUCCAGACUUAUAUACAAGUGAAAACUCUGCUUCGACAGCAUUGUGUUGUUCUUCUCAUCUCUCAAAUCAUUCUACACCUCUUCCAUCCACACAAACAUCUUUUUCUUUCCCUUCUACUUUCAAAGCUCCACUCAUGUGUUCAAUCCCAAAGUCUUUCUCUUCUUCUUUGCCAGCUUCAGUGCCGGCAACACCAUCAGCAGAACAAUGUCAAAUCUUCAACAGCACAAACAGUUUACUGAGAACAAACUUGAUAACAUAUCCUAUCAAACAGUCGUCCAGCCUUUCAGAUCCUAUAGUUGCUGGCAGUACUGGGCUGGUUAAAACAGUAACGGGGACACAUUCCACUGCAUUCAGAAACAAAUUCAAAUCUUUAGACGUUGGACAAAAAAAUUCUUCAGAAAGAAAGAAUAUUAAUCGAUGCCGCACUCAAGUUCCAUGUGACGGCUUCAGAAAGUUCUGAAGUGUGACUCUGUUCCCAGACUCCCAUGGGGUUUACUAUUUCUACUAAACAUUAUUAUUAUUAUUACUACUCAAUACAUAAACAUUAAAAUUUGC